ACUUUCCCUGACUGCUCCACAAAGCUAAACAUGAGUAAAUGCAACAUCUGAUUUGGAACCAAAGGGCCCAAAUCUCACCAAAUCCUGCCUAUAAACUUUCAUAAAUACAUCCAGACAUCGCACUCUAACAAAAACAUUUGCCCUGCAUACGAACCCACUUACUUUAAACGUUAAAAUGUUUAACUUACUAUUGAAGAUUGGUUCCGUCAACGGAUUGACACUUAAAGUUAUUAAGGACCGAUUACAAAAGAUCGAAAUGGAGGAUGACGCAUUUUACAAAAAAUGCCGAAAAUUUCAAGAAAAGUUGGAGUUGGAAGUAUCCAAAAAAUUGGACCUGGACUUGAUCCCACUGCAGGAAUACGUGGCUGUUCACCACCUCCACAAAUUACUCAUGGACAAAACAAAGAGAAGGAUUUACUCACGGAAAUGAAACUAAGUUUGGAGUUUGAACAACCCCUGUGUACUUAUUGUCUGGCUUUUUUUAUCAGUUUCCUUACCUUUAUAAGUCUACUUGCCAAUAAUGCCACGUACUGUGACCAAUUCUACGACCAGAUUUUUAACACCCCGGCUCAAUUCGUGCUUCUCUUUUGGACAAGAAGCGAAAUAGUGAGGGUCCUUCGGGUCUUUUUCGUCUCCUUUAUUGUUCUAUUUGUGCUGUCAGCCAACUUGUUGCCCGCUGCGAGGUGGUGGCGACUGAGCAAAAAACGCAAAUCUCGUUUAUCUGCAAACAAAAAUUGUGCCCAGGAAAUUGGCGGAUUGUGCCAGCCUGCAACCAAAAAUAUGUCAAUGAUACCGAAGAAUACGGAGAUGGUGAGGGUCAAUUCUUCGCCGAUAGCGAACCUAUCGAGGGAGGUCAAUGAGGCAGCCGUUACUGAAAGAAGUAGGAAAGCCGAGGUAUUGAAAAUGGUGGAGGCAAUGACGAUACACGAGCAGUGCAAGGAAAUGUCGAUAAACACAUGCACCGAAAACAUUGAAUUCGAGCACCCAUUUACAUCUUUUGAAGAGGGCAUCUCUACGGAACUAGCCCUCUUGCCAAUGUUAGCGUUGAGAGACCUUGGCCUGUUCACCGGCUUGAGUAUGGGUGAUGAUGACGAUGGAUUCGAUCUCGUCAAUGGAACACUUAUCUCGACCCCAUCAAACAUAAGUCGAAUCAAUAUUGGCUACCUCUUCGACCCGGAGGAUGAUCCAGUCUCAUAUUUCGUAAUUUACCUAGUUUUCGUCACCUUAGUCGUUUUUGUGUUCGCUGGUUUAACCCACUUCUACCGCGUCGUCUUCCACUUCAACGAAAAGAAACACACGGACAUUCUUCGAGUGCGAAAGUGCAUUUUAUCCCACUUAUUUAUGCCUGCUCUUAUGUUAAGAAUGCUCAUCGCGAUCUUCUACAAAUCUACGAAUUACGCAAAUCCUGCAGCCGCUAGUUGCAUAAUAUUUACUCCACUGCUCGGAAUAGCAAUUGGAAUGCAACGAUUUAGCAGAAGAUUUAUCAAUUAUUUACUUUUUCUUAUUUUCUUCCGUCUAUCCACAAUUUUUACUAUUUGUCAAACUUAUAAAUUUUUAUGUGUCCUUCAUUUAUGAGUAAUGUAUAUAGUUUAUCCAGUCAGUUAUAUUUGACUCAAAUAAUUUGAGUAUGUAGGUGUUUUGCAUACGUAUUUUGUAACUUACCUGGCUAGGUGAAUUAAAUUAUCCUGGUUGACUUAGAAAUAAUUGUACCUACCUGGACGUACAAUUUGACCCAUUAAUUUUUGUCUUAUAAGUACGUUUCGUGACGUUUCUCAUAUUUCCUCAGUAGAAAUAUAAUUAUGUAAUAAUCACAUUGUAAUUAUGGAUUUGGACAAAGUAUUAAAGGAUCUAAAAUUGUGUAUCAA